CUGUGCAGCUGCUGGGACGGACCGGGCCUCGGGUGAGGAGCCCCGCAGCAGCCCAGAAAUUCCAGCAGCACUGAGAUCUAUGUCUGGGAGAUUCUCUGCAGCAAGGAGACAGAGAGACUGGCCUGAAGGUGGCUCGGCCUGACUGACAGCCACCUGGGAAAAGGUCCUUUCCCUCUGAUGCACCAGAGAGGGGCGACGGCAGAGCCAUGUCUGUCGUGGAUGAUGGUUCUCUAAAGCACCCCCCUGAGUCUGCAGUGGACCAGCGCUGGAAGUUCCUCGUCUUCUACCUCUGUUUUUACGGCUUCAUGACCCAGAUCAGACCUGGGGAGAGCUUCAUCACCCCCUACUUGCUGGGAGCUGACAAGAACUUCACCACAGUAGAGGUGACCAACGAGAUCACUCCCGUCCUGUCCUACUCCUACAUGGCCGUCCUGGUGCCCAUCUUCCUGCUGACGGAUUACCUGCGCUACAAGCCGGUGCUCGUGCUGCAGAGCCUGAGCCACAUCUCCAUUUGGCUGCUGCUGAUCUUCGGCACCAGUAUCCUGGCCAUGCAGUUCAUGGAGUUCUUCUACGGCAUCACCAUGGCGGCCCGCGUGGCCUACUCCUCCUACAUCUUCUCCCUGGUCACCCCCUCGCACUACCAGCGCAUGGCCAGCUACUCCCGCUCUGCCGUGCUGAUGGGGGUCUUCACCAGCUCGGUGCUGGGGCAGCUCUGCGUCACCGUGGGCGGGGUGCCCUUCGUGACGCUCAACUAUGUCUCGCUGGGGUUCAUGCUCUUUGGGCUCAUCCUGACACUCUUCCUGGAGCAGCCCAAGCGAAGCCUCUUCUUCAACCAGAGUGGUGCCCCCGCCCCCUCAGAGCUGGACAGGAUGCACCCAGUCGGGGACAAGCCAGUGCCCCCCGUGCCCUCCCACUGGCGCAGCUCGGCCCUCUUCCGUAUGCUGAGGGAGCUCGGCACUAUCGCCAAGCUGCCCCAGCUGCGGCUCUGGUCCCUCUGGUGGAUCUUCAACUCUGCCGGCUACUAUCUCAUGCUCUAUUACGUGCAGCUCCUGUGGAAUGAGAUUUACCCUACCACGGACAACCGCAAGGUCUACAAUGGCGGGGUGGACGCCGCCUCAACGCUGCUCGGUGCCAUCACUGCCUUCGCUGCGGGCUAUGUGAAGAUCCGCUGGGCGCUGUGGUCGGAACUGGUGAUUGGCGGCGUGACGGCAUUCCAGGCUGGGCUGCUGUUGCUGAUGAGCACCACCAGCAACAUCUGGCUCUGCUACGGGGCCUACAUCCUGUUCAGGGGCUCCUACCAGUUCCUGGUCCCCAUAGCCAUUUUCCAGAUUGCCACCUCCCUCUCCAAAGAGCUCUGUGCCCUGGUGUUUGGCGUGAACACCUUCUUUGCCACCGUCCUGAAGACCAUCAUAACCAUGAUCAUAUCAGACAAGCGGGGCCUGGGCCUUUCCGUGCAUCCGCAGUUCUAUGUGUACUUCGCCUACUUCACACUGCUGGCAGUGGUGUACCUCGGGGCAGCGGUGUGCGUGGCCGUGACGCACCGCCGGCGCAAGGUGCCGCAGGAGCCGGCGUUCGCCAAGGAGCUCGGCAGCCCUGCUGAGGAGGCACCAGGGAAGGAGAGGAGCUCGGAACCGGGCAGCGUGCACAUCUGAGUGCAUCUGGGAGAGGAGACCCAAGGGAGUGGCCUGUGUGCACACCCCAGCCCAUCACAGUCCCAGGGAAUGGCUGGCCACGGUCCUCUCACCUUCCUCACAGUGUUAAUGUGCACCUGAGAAAGCAAGGAGCGCAGGCCAGGGUGGGGCUGCAGUCCUAUCCUAGCUUGUAGGGGCCACCAAGCCCCAGGGCUGUGCGCACCCUUGGUCCCCAGACUGCCACUGCUGGCAGAGCCGCCACUCCCGCCCGCUCCCAUCACAGCCUCAGUGCCGGCAGAAGCUGCACCAUGCAAACCCCAGUGUUAAGAACGGCCUUUGAGGACAGAACGGCGCAAACCUGGAGAUCCCAUCCCAGCGCCAGGCCUGGCCCCAGGGCUGCUGCUUUGAGUGACAUGGCUCCAUUACUGACGCGGUUCCUGGGCCGGGUUUUCCCAAUAGACACUUGUGCGCACACACACUCAUUCGGGGUGACCUGUGCCAAGCGUACCAAACUCACCUUAGGCUCCUCCCAGAACAUGAGGAGGGGACUACACCCGAGAUGUUGCUAAGACAAGCCAUUGAGGCUCUUUUCUUCGCUUCUGGUGUCAGCCCUCAUGGGUCCUGUGUUCCAGCUUUGCUCCACAAAGGCUAGAAGUGUGCUCUUCGUAGUGAAAGCUGAGUGUCCCGUGUAAUCACCUGACUUCAGGCUCUGGGGCUUGGAGCACUUCACCCGAUGCGUCCCCCCGCCAAUGCACUGCUUCAGCAACUGUCUGAAUGGCACCUGGGCAGCCACUGCAGCUGCUACUGCCCUAGCCAGCCGCUUCCACGCCGGCUCCCCCGGGCCCCUCUGCACAAAGCAUCUGACCCUCUGGCGUUGAAUCUACGGCCGCACCAGGAGGGCCAGCCAGGCCCUCCCCACACAUGGCUCUGUAGCUUUACAGCAUGGCCCACAGAGCAGCCUUGCCCUGUACUACGGGGCUGGAAAGUCCUUGCACUAACCCGGGGCCUUGUGGCAUAACUGUGGCCCAUACUGCCUAUGGCGAGGGAGGUUCGACCCAAGCGGGACCGUGGUUGGCUCUCCUUGCCCAAGGUGGGGGCUGGGCUGUAUCACUGGGUUGGGCUGAGAGGGGCAGGUGAGCUGUGCCCUCCUGCCUGGCACACAUCAGCUGACUGUAACAGAGUGUGGCGGGGGGAAGGCGGCUGUAAGUGCGGGGAGGCAUCUGGCAGCCCUUUCCAGCCCAGCACGGAGCGAGGGGGCCCAUUGCUGCCCUCAGCCGCUGUGCUCCUCUCGGGUCUGCAGCCUGCACCGUGGUGCAGCGGUGGCCACUGGGGCCAUAACCCUUGUGUGUUGGAGAGUGGCGCACGCCCACGUGCUGCCCUCUGUGCACAUGGCCAGGAGCAGAUACCCCGCUGUGACAAUCUGCUGGGGCGCCCUGCCUUGUGCGUGAUGUCGUUACCCUUCCCCUCCCCACCAGCCUCAGCCUCAGCCAGGGAGCGUUUUAAUACUGCUAAGCUGCGUUCCAGCUCCCGGCCAUGCCAGGAAACGCUGCAGGGCUCUGCCAAUCUAAACCAUGCCUUAAACUGUGAACCCCCCAACUCCCAAAUUCCCCAGCAACAUCUCCCGGCAGCGGCCAGCCCCCUUACUGCACACGCUCACACGGUAGUAAGGUUCUUUUGUUGCUUUAAAGAGCCAAUACACAGCCUGCUAGCUUCAGAGGGGCGGCUGUACCCACCCUUCCAUUAGUGCACCUCCUUGGCUCAUCGUGAAUGUAAACCACAUUUAGUAACAAACUGCCCCAGGGCUAAGUGCUACCACGUGUCGAAUAAAGCUAGACGGGGUUACACGCAAACAAAAGUAAAACGACGCUGCGCCGCCUGAAACCUGAUUGACCAAUGAGACUUUGCAAGAGGCUGGUCCAGCAUGGCUGGCCAGGCUCCCAGCCAGGACCUGCACAGAGGGCAAAAUGCUUGGGCCCAACAUGGCAGGCUGCGGAUGGCGCCCGAAGGUCAGUGACCCUGUGACAAGAAGCUGCCAGGUUCCUGUUGAUUUGUAUGUAACACUUCCAGUCCCUAAUGCUCCAUUUACACUGGAGACAGGUAGGUGGCUGCCUGGGAGAAAAACCCGUUUCACCCUGUGGUUGGUCUGACUUUGACACAUACGAACAGUGAGUAGCCAAGGCCUCAGCCAGGGUUACUACAGACAUUACACUGCCCUUACUCACCAGUGUGACACAGGCAUUCAGAAGAGAGACCCGGGAAUGUACAAUCAGUCAAUUCACUUCUGGGUCAGACCCUGGGCUGGAUGCCCUGUAAACCAUUGAAAUGUAGUGUUUGCAGUGUAGCCCCAGAGGCUGGCUCUCUGUCGCCUGCGGUGGGUGGAUGCCACGCUGGCUGUGCCCCUGGGUCCCUUCGUGGUAACUGCCCCUGCAUUGGCUCUUCCUGCCGCCGGGCGGGCCAGAUAAGCCCAUGCACAGGGCAGGCCUGAAAAGCACAGCAAAUCACUAGGCCUCUCUGUCCUACCCGCCCACAUCAUGUCACUGGGCCCAGGCACUGCUGAGCCCCUGGGCUUGUGUGGCCAGCAGCCCCCACUCAGGCCUGGUGCAGCGCAGGACAGUGUCCUAGCAGGGGGGCUUUGAGGGCCUCAGCUCUGUUGCUUAGCUGGUCCUGUGUAAAGUCCAGACUGUCAUGAGGGCUGUUGUGCUGGCAGUGCUAGGCUCUGUGUCCCACCCUCCCCCGCACCCGUGAUGGGAUGCUGGC